AGACAUUACAAUUUACAGUUUUGUGGUUAUGUUUGAUUUAAUAGAAUUCCUCCAUUGAACUGUCUGAUUAAAUUUUUCAGCAUGAAAAAUAACUUUAUAAUCCGUUUGCAAAGUCCAAUAAACAAUUCUCAAGAAGUUUUAUUAUAGUUUCAUUUACUUGACAUUGUAUUAAUUAAUGGCUGAGUUAUCAAUGCAAUAAGAAUCUAUUUUGAUAGCCUAUAUUGCAUUAAGUUAGAAGUAUCAUCAACUAUGGCUUCUGAUAUUGACAUAGAGAGAAAGAGCAAUCCUGCUGCCAUGGAGGAGAAUCGACUAGCCACUUUUAAAAACUACAUUGAUCAUCUUGCAGGCCAUACAGAUGAAUGUAUAAACUUUUUGGGCAUGGAACACUCCUACUCAAAGCCAGGGACAUGGCAUCCGCUCAACAACCAUUCUCAACCAGUUAAAAUGUUGUUUGCUUCCAAGUGUAUGGCUGGAGAAAGGGGCGGCGAUGAUGUUGACACAGUGGCCAGGAACAGACAGCCGCAUCCUCCGUACGAUGUGACCAAGGCUCGCCAGGCCAUGGAGGAGAGUGAGAAGCUGGUCAGUCUGGUGCGAGCUGAUGACGAGAGAGGCGACGACUGGGAUGAGUUGAUAGACAAAUCAACUUGGACACCAAAUGAUAUUAAAUAUUUCAAUCAAGCUGUGAAAAUCCUUCAUACGGAUCGUUUGGCGAGAUUGGCUUACAAAGGAAAUGUGAAUGAGCCAGUGCUGAGGCGUAUCACCAUUGACAAAUCGGCCAGGAAGCUCAGGCGUAUUCUGGCAUUGGUCAACUGGCGGCUGGAAUCCAUCCAAUGGCUGCACUCACUUCUCAUGGAAUACCUCAGUGCUCCUUAUCUUGUAGCCUACUUCGACAUUAUUCAGACGUUGAAGUGGAAGAUUCCGCAGCUUGUCGAUAGGAUGACGGCGGCGCCACUCGGCCGAAAUGGAAUGAUUGUAUCUGAAGCACUGACCCAGUUGAUGAAAAGAUCUUGGGAUCCGGUCAAUCUUGGUGGAUCACAUCACAGAACUAACAAGUUGCCUGGCGAUCCAAUCAUAGUUGUGGUGCCUUAUUGUCCUGGAAAUGGAUUUCCAUCAAACUCCAGACCGUAUCAUUGGCUUACCCAUCUUUCAAACCUUGGAACUCUGAUAACAGUCAUCACAGGAUCGAUUGCUUCCCGAACGAGCACAGCGAGCUGCCUUGAGCAGAUGAUCAAUUCGACGAGAGCGAAAAUCUCCGAACUGCGAUCCGAUUACCCAGGCCGUCCGAUUAUACUUGUUGGCCUGUCGUGUGGCGCUGCUGUUGCUUGUCAGGUAGCGCUGGUGGAAACGGUGACAGCGGUGGUUUGCUUUUCGUUUUCGCUGCACACAGUCGACGAGAAGCGCGGCCAGCCUGACGACGCCAUCCUCGACCUCCAGUGUCCCGUUCUCUUUGUCAUGGGACAGAACGCCUCUCUGUCAAGUGUGGAAGGGAUGGAAGAGCUGAGAGAACAGAUGAGGGCCGAAAAUGGACUGAUAGUUGUGGGCGGGGCCGAUGACCAGCUGCGAAUCAGCAGAACAAAGAAGAAGACCGACGGACUCACGCAGAGCAUGGUGGACAGGUGCAUUCUGGAUGAAGUAUCGGAUUUCUUGGGAGGCAUUCUGGAGAAAAUCUACGAAUCGCCGAGAUCGUCACGGCCCACCCUUCCUCCCCAUCCUUCGUUCACCAUUGAGCAGCGGCGCAUCUACAACAGCAAUCGAAUGGGCACCGAGCGCAAACGAAAGUCCACCGACCAAAGUGACCCUGACGCCCCUCCUCGUGUACCUGCCAAACGAGGCCGUAAGCCAAAGUCACUCAGCACACAGACUCCAAAGGCAACUGACUCCAAAAGGCAGAAAAUCAAGCAGCCCGCCACACCUCGUUCCUCGAACAUAAUUCAAUCGGGAAGCGCAACAGUGUUGGGCGGUGGCAGUCCGAUAGUGAGUGCGGCAGCUAUGACAGUGACUGUGCCAAGUAACAGCAGCAGCAGCAGCAUCACAAAUGCCACCACCAUUUCGCCGACCAAGCCGACUCUGACCGGCCUGCGUCUCGGCCCCGACCCCAACGCCAAUGCCAACUCUGAAGCGAAGACUGUGCAGCUGAGCAUCCAGAACGGCGUCGUCAGGCCUGGCUCCUCUGCUCUCUGCUCCGGCGAGGGAGGCAUCACGGUUGUCGGCUCUGCACCCAUUCCACCCACUUCCAAAGAUAUCGUUAUUCAAGUGCCAGGAAGCGCAAAAUCAAGAUCACCUAUGUCCACUCACAGCUCCAUGUCAUCGUUGUCCACCUUGCUUCAACAGCCGUCUCCUACUAUCGUUGUUUCACCCAGUAAGCAAAGAGAAGAGAUCAUACACAGUGUGUCAGCCGUGGACCAAUCGAACCUUGUGGAAGAGCUGACUCCCGACCGACUGCUGGAGUUGCCCGUGAUCUUCGAGGACCAGCAGCUGGAUUCGCCCCCCCAUCCGCACCCACAGCCCGCCGAAUCCACCUUCAAAGUGUUUGUGAGCAACAAGACGCCGCCGGCGGCCAAUCACAGCACAGUGCCUGUCAUCAAGGUACGGCCCGGCCAGCAGGGCUUGAAGUACACCAAGAUAGUGCUGCGCAAGAAGGAGGACAAGGGGGAGAGUGUGUCGGCGGCCAGUGUGUUUGUCACCGAGGGUGCCGGCGACGACAGGGGCACUCCGCGCAUCCGACACAUCCCCGCCACUCAGCACUCUCAGUUCUGUUGAGCGACAACCUUAUCUUCUUGUAACUCUGGAUCUGUUGGUCUUAGGCCCGGUUUCUAGGACACUUAUUAAAUCUGAUAGAGAAUCAAACCAAAGAGAAAAUAUAACAUAAGAUAUCCCAUGGUACAGAGCGUUCAUGUUCCAAAUUCCACUGUUAACUCAAGCUGAUAGUUCUAGUAGUUGUUUUUAGUGAAGCUAUGUGACGCUGGUAGUCUCUUAAACGACCUUUGUCAUGGGAUAUCAUCUUAUACUAUCUUUUCUCUAUGAUUAAACUUAUAGAUUUACUAUAAAUCUUAUAGUGAAGGUACUAAAGCUACUUUAGAAUUUAAUAUAUUUACCAAAUAUUUAAUUGUCUACUAGAUGAUAAGUGUCAUAGAAACCGGGCACUAACCUUAUAGGCAUUGUAGAUUUGUUUUUAUGAUCACAACACACUUAUUUACCACCAACAUACAUUCAAUAUUUUUCUUCACUUUUACCAAUCUAAUCAUUCACAAAGUACCAGUUUCAUAAUUAUUAUCCUGUAAUUAGUUGUAAAGUUGAAAAAAUGUAUUCUUAUCAUCCAUAUUAAUUUUGGUUUUUGCAUAUUCAAAUAUUAUAAUUGAUUUAUUAUUAAGUAACGUACAUCACAAUAUUGGAAUACAAAUCAGGAGCUAUCACCAAACUUCUUCUGUGUUGAAGAGACAUAAUCAAUCUUUUGUCGAUUGUAAGUUUCUUUAUUAAAAUGUUGAUAUGAUUAAGUGAAAGUCAUUAAUUAAAUUAUGGUUGACUAUGAACUUGAAAUUAUAUUUCUGUAUAAUAUUUAUUGCUUUAAAAGCAAAUAUACUCUGAAUCAAUUAACUCCAUGUUGACAUCGCUUGAAAGUUAAUAGGUUUAUUUAUAAUUCAAUGUUUUCAGUAUAAAAAAGCAUGAGAUUUUGAAUUUUCCAGUUAAAUCCAUGCUCUUUUGUCGCUAAAUUAAUAUUUCAUUCUCAUUUCAACAUCGAAUUAACUGAACUGUGGAAAAAUUGAAUUAUUUUGUAAUUUCAUAUAACUUUCUCAUCAGUAGACCAGGUUGACUAGAAAAGCCUUAUCAUAUAUUGGAUAUAGUAUUAUAGGCAAGUUUUCAAUAAUAUGGAGUGUGAUUGUAGAUAUGUUGAACAGAAUAAUUUCCCCUCAAUGUUGUAAGUGAUUUUGUGAAUAAAUCAUGCCAUUUCUAGUUCAA